AUUCUUCAUCUCACUAAUUUCUCUCCUCUUAUUUUCUCCCCACUACUACCAAUAACACUCUUAAGACCACAUUGGAGAAAGAUUCAUCCCAUUCUAUAGGAACAACAGAGAUUCGUCCCUUUAGAUUGGAUAGAAGCAAAACUGCGUAGCAGAGAAUGAUUCCCAAUUCUGUACAGCCAGUUCAGUUCCAGAGCUUCAAUGGUCUCCGACAACUCGCAGAAACGCGUCGUUUCAAGGUUUGGUUGUUGGAUCAAUUCGGAGUUCUCCAUGAUGGAAAACAACCUUAUCCCGGUGCCAUUUCAACAUUAGAAAAUAUAGCAAAGACGGGUGGGAAGAUGGUGAUCAUAAGUAACUCCUCAAGACGCUCAUCAGUGACUAUUGAAAAAGUCAAAAGUCUUGGCUUUGAUGCUUCUCUUUUUCUUGGAGCUAUUACUAGUGGAGAACUCACUCAUCAAUACUUACAAAGGAGAGAUGAUCCUUGGUUUGCAUCAUUGGGAAGGUCUUGUAUUCAUUUCACUUGGAGUGGCAGGGGAGCAAUAUCUCUUGAGGGCUUGGACUUGAAAGUUGUGGAGAAUGUUGAAGAAGCUGAGUUUAUUUUGGCUCAUGGGACUGAAGCCUUGGGGGAAGCCAGUGGGAAUGCACGUUCAAUGAAUCUUGAAGACCUUGAAAAAAUAUUGGAGCUUUGCGCCGCAAAAAAGAUUCCUAUGGUGGUAGCCAAUCCAGAUUAUGUAACCGUUGAAGCAAGAGACUUGCGUGUGAUGCCAGGUACUCUAGCAGCUAAAUAUGAAAAGCUUGGGGGUGAAGUAAAAUGGAUGGGCAAACCUGGUGAGAUAAUAUACAAUUCAGCCAUGGCCAUGGCUGGUACAGAUGUUUCGGACUGUAUUGCUGUGGGUGAUUCUCUCCAUCAUGAUAUUAAGGGUGCUAAUGCUGCUGGAAUCCAAUCAAUUUUUAUCACUGGAGGGAUUCAUGCAACUGAACUUGGACUCCAUAGUUUUGGAGAAGUAGCGGAUUCAUCAUCCGUGCAAUCACUUGCGACGAAAUAUAAUGCUUAUCCAUCCUAUGUGUUGCCCGCAUUCACAUGGUAGAACAAUAUGGCAAGGAAACCAAACCACUACAAUUGUAGUUGUUAUUGUUUUUGAAGUAUUUGUAUGAUUUAUUGGCCAUUUAUACAAACAGGAAACUAUGCCUAUGUAAAGAUAUUUGGAAACUUUAUGAUUUUGAACUUCAUUAUAAAAUAUAAACCGAAUGUGUUGAAA